AUGCUGCCAAAACAAUUGAAAGGGGAUUUAGCGAAGCAGCAUAAAUCGUCCAAGACAAAACUUUCAGUAAAAGAACAAAACCAGAGCAAAAAUGUGAAGAAAUUAAGGGCUUCUAAAGCUAAUUCUACGUCAUCAUCAUUGAUAAGCCAUGAGAUAAAUGGCCUUCAAGAUUUGCAUGAUUGUGUCGACAAGUUGCUUGAGUUAGUAUCAAUUCAACAAGCUUUAGCUCAAGAUGAGCAGAAGAAAUGGAUUAAUGAGUCAUUGAAUGGAUCUCUUAGACUGUUGGAUAUGUGUGGCAUUGCUAAGGAUUCCUUGGUACAAACCAAAGAAGCUGUGCCAGGACUUCAAUCAAUUUUCCGCAGAAGAAGAUGUUGUGAUACUGAGCUUACAAGUGAGGUUAAGAAAUACUUGACCUCCAGGAAGACAGUAAAAAAAACCAUCCAAAAGACCUUGAAGAAUUUGAACCAAAGAUCCUCUCUAAUCAGUGAGGAACAUGAGACAGACGACAUGUUAAGAGAGGUUGAAGCAGUCACUUUCAAUGUGAUUGAAUCCUUGUUGUCCCUUAUCUCAGGGCCAAGGGCUCCUUCAAAGAUAAGCAGCUGGUCAGUUUCUAAGCUAAUGCAGCCAAAGAAGGUAGCACGCAAAGAAACUGACAUAAAUGAGUUUGAAAAGGUGGAUGCUGAAUUGUCUAGGAUCGUUGCUCACAAGACAAUCAAAUUCAAUAACAUUCAGAGCCGGCUUAAAGAAUUAAAGUCAAACAUUGAAGAUCUAGAGAAAGAAGUUAAGUCCGUAAACAGACGUUUGAUAAAAACUAAAGUCAAUCUUCUUAACAUCCUAAAGAAUUAG